AUGAUAAAGUUUGAUCCAUCAAGCUUUACAUUGACAAAUGAUGAAAGAUUGGAUAUCAGCAGAGUUAAGUUUGAAGGAAGUGAAGAAGAUAAAACAGAUGAAGAUAGUGAAGAUGAAGUUGCCAUAGAUCAGGAGCUCUGUACGGAAAUGCUCAUAGGAUUCUUUGAAGUGAGGAGUGGCAUCCUAAGUUACAUCGACGCGGGUACGGGUGUCGGGUGCGGGAGAUAUUUACACAUGUCCAAAAAAAAUUCUGGUCAUGUCUCCCUCUAUAUCGAUGAAAAGCUUUCUCAAUUAUCUCCAACACGUACUGAGUGUUGUAUAUUCAGAGUGCCAGACAGACUCCGUAGGGAAAAUGAGAAAGCCUAUGAACCGGAAAUACUUGCUAUUGGUCCUUACCAUCAUGGUAAAGAUAACCUCAAACAAAUGGAAGAAAACAAAUUAUGGUAUUUGCAAAAGCGUGUUAAACAAAGAAAUGAGACAAGCGUGGAUAGAUAUGUCAGGGCCAUGAGAGAAUCGGAAGAAAGAGCGCAGAAAUCCUAUGAAGGCUCCAUCAAUCUCAACGCAGAUGAAUUUGUGCAAACGAUGCUUCUUGAUGGCUGUUUUAUCAUCAACCCUCCACCACCUUCUUUUACAACAUGGUGCUACCUACACUAUGUGAAUGGUGGGCUCAUUACCAUGUGGAUGCGGAUGAUCCCAUUUACCAAUUUGUGUUUAGUUCGCAAUGUCUUAAGGCGCGAUGUAUUGUUAUUUGAGAAUCAACUUCCCUUCUUUAUCCUCGUUGAGUUGUUCAACAUGACUAAGGUUGAAAGCCCACAAGAUGAUAUUGUUAGGUUGUCCCUAAAUUUCUUGCGACAUGUGCUACCACAUCAAAAGUUAGACGUUCCUAAUGCAAAACCAAUCCAUGAGAUCAAGCACAUACUCAACUUGGUACAUGACGGUUGGUGCUCUUCGUUUGCUGAAACUCGCAGCAGUGUUAAAAAUGUGAUUGUGCAUUGGAACUUUAUAGACUCAGCAACAGAGCUCCAAGAGGCUGGGGUUGAAUUCAAGAUGGUUAAUAGAAGUAGUACAGUCGAUAUAAAUUUCACAAAUGGGGUAGUGGAGAUUCCACAGUUACGAGUUACACACACUACAGAGUCUCCACUUAGAAACCUAGGCGCAUACGAGCAAUGCUUACCCGAUGCCUAUCCGAAAUAUGUUUGUGACUAUAUCGCCUUCAUGAAUUGGCUCAUCAAUUCUUCACAAGAUGUUGAGAUACUUCGUCGGAGUGGAAUUAUUGAAAACUGGAUAGGGGAUGAAGUGGUCAAUACAAUGUUGAACAAGAUAGACAAGAACAUCAUGAUAUCUGUCACCCCAUUCAGUUAUUCAGAAAACUCCAAUAAAUUGAAUAAGCAUUGUAAGAAACGGUUGAACGUGUGGAUGGCAAACUUAAGGCCGAAUUAUUUCAACAGUCCAUGGUCUUUACUUUCCUUUCUUUCUGCUGUCCUGCUACUUGUUUUGACAAUCCUACAAACUGUAUUUUCUAUUCUUUCUUAUGUUUCACCUAAAUCUUAA